AUGUUGUGUAGAUAUUUUGAAAACUUUCUCGAACGCAUUUUCUUGCCUUUGGGCUCUUUUAUUGGAAGACGACCGACAGUUGUAAUAUGUUUCUCGUUAUGCUUAACAAUUCUGUUCAGUCUUGGACUUAUAUGGUUUGAAGAGGUCAACAAUGUUCGGACAGAAUAUUCUCCAAUGGAUUCGCCUAGCAGGAAGGAAUAUGAAGUUUCGAAGGCAUUUUUGAACCAGAAUGGAACUCUUGACCCUUCAUACAUUAUGGUUUUGGCACGUGACAGCGGUUCACUCCUCCGGGACAACUACCGCUCACGCCUCAUUGAAUUCGUCAAAACUUUACAAAAUAAUGUCAGUGUGGUGUUUGAAGGAAAGAAUUAUACUUUUCGGGAUUUAUGUGAGCCUUACUGUGAGCUGAACACAGCUUUCCUGGCCUUCUUAAAGUUAUACGAUUCAACCAACCCAUCAACCUUCACUUAUCCCCAAGUUGAAAUAUUCGGAACAGAAGCUUUCAUUGGGAAUAAUGUAUAUGGAGUUGAGUUGUUCAACAAUUCCAAACAGAUCAAAAGUUUCUCGACGGCUAUUCUGCCUUUCUAUCUUGUAACUUCGUAUGAAACAUCUGGGGUUAUCUAUGAAUGGCUGAUGGAAGCACGCAAGGCUUUCAAGUUACCACGUUUUGAUAUAUUCAAGUGUGAAGUCACUGGAGAUGCUAUGGUAUCCGCUGAAGUUCGCCGAAUGGGAAUGGAAACAGCUCCUCUUAUCGUAGGCUCCAUAGUUGCCAUGAUCAUCUUCGUCAUCAUUUUCUCUGGCAGACGAGAUCCUUCAAGGGCCAAACCAUGGGAAUCGCUCAUCGGAUGUCUGAUUCCAUUGCUAGCUCUUCUUUCCGCAACAGGGAUCUUAUCCUUCUUUGGAUUAAAGUUUCAAUCCAUCAUCGUCGCCGCUCUUUUCUUAGUUCUGUCGAUGGGAGUUGAUGAUGUCUUUAUCAUUUUGAGAGCAUGGGAUAGAACAUCCGUAUCAGAAACUGUCGAAAACAGAAUGAGUGUUACAAUGGAAGAAGCAGGCCCCAGUAUAACUAUCAGUGCUAUCACGAAUGCCAUGUCCUUCUUCAUCGGGAUGACGUCCCAGACACCUGCCGUACGUGCAUUCUCUUUGUAUUCCGCUGUCGCGAUAGUCAUCUGUUACUUCUAUCAGUUAAUUAUGUUCAGUUCUGUCGUAGCCCUUAGUGGGUACCGUGAAAAAUCUGGGAAACAAAGCUUGCUAUGUUGUCUGAAAGCAGAUCCCCAAUCUCGAUCACCUUUUGUGGAAUGGAUUGUGGAUAAGCAAGUCCGUUUCAUUAGGUUUUGGUCAUGGCUUUUAUCACAAUGGACUAUGAGAUUCGCUUUGGUCGGAGUAAUGGUUGCUUAUUACUACGUCAGUGUAGUUGGAAUCCUCCAGCUGAACACUCUGAUUUCAAUCGAGAAAAUGGCUUUACCUGACUCUUAUCUCCAAGAUUUCCAAGCACAUUUCGAAACAUCUUUAAAAAACAUGCAGCCAAUUAGUGUUUUCAUCAUGAAUCCCGGAGAUCUGAGAAAUCCAGAGCGUCUAGAUACAAUCAAAACGAUCGUGAAGGAAUUUGAAACUGCUACCUACAGUUAUGGAUCUGAAUCAACUUUCUUCUGGCUUCAGCCGUAUGAGGAUUUCUUAAGAUUCUAUGGUGAAACAGAUGAUUUCACAUAUUCGGAAAUUCCAACUUUCUUCAAAUCCGCUACUUACUUCUAUUUGACUUCAUUUGUGAAGUAUAAUGAAACAGCCUGUCUCGCGGAUGACCCUGCUUGCAUCACAUCAUUCUUCUUCAUGACAAAUUUCCAUGACCACAUUAAGUAUCAUGAAUUGAUUCCUGCAGUUACGGAUUGGAGAAGAAUCGCAAGCAAAUACUCUGAUUUCCAAAUCUUCGCUUAUUCUGAUCAUUCUCCCUUCGUUGAUCAGACCUUGGCUAUCGACGCUACUAUCUGGGGAUCAGUUGGAGCUGCUUUACUAUGCACAGCUAUAGCCUGCUUUAUGUUCAUUCCCAACAUCGUCUGUAUUGUUGCUGCCUGCUUCUCAGUGUUCUCAAUUACAGUUGGAAUACUUGGCCUACUGAGUCUGUGGCAUAUUGAUUUGGAUCCUUUAUCUAUGGCAGCACUGUUGAUGGCCAUAGGAUUCUCUGUGGAUUUCUCCAGUCAUAUUGCCUACCAUUUCUAUAAAUCCAAACAACCGGACCCAGUAGAUCGUGUCAAUGAAACUUUGUCUACAAUCGGAUGGCCGUUAGUACAGGUUGGCUUAUCAACAAUUGCCGCUGUGGCGCCUCUACUGUUCAAACAAUCAUACUUGGCACUGGUUUUCAUGAAGACUAUAUUCGUAGUUUGUUGUCUCGGAAUGUGGCACGGACUUGUUAUUCUUCCAGUCGUACUGAUGGCUGUUACCAGGCAACGAAAAGUUGCAACGCCUAGUGAUAGCUCCUCCGAACGAUCUUCUCAAAGAUCGGUGGAGCGCAAAGAAAGCUUUUACCGAACACAGAAGCUGAUAAAUAGAAUUAACCAAGAAAUUUGGCACUCUAAGGUGGCACCAAUGUCCCCUGAAGAAGCCUGUCAAAAACCUGCAUUAAAACAUAACAUUGCUUUAGGAAGAACCCUUUCCACUCAGUAA